AUGGAAGGUCUGCCAAACGGCUCGGCGAAUGUCAUAAACACGUCGACGGCUUCGUAUUCCUCUCAGCCAGCCGUGUCACAGCAUCCCAUCCAGCAGCAGCACCAGCAGCAGCACCACUCCACGGGCCUCCCUCCGCAGACCCUGCCGCCGCUCCAACCCAGCCAUCCGGCUAUGCAACAGCCUCCUUACGGGAACUAUCCCCACGGUUCUCGGACGCCUUCCGCUCCCAAUACUCCCGUCACCAACAACAUGACCAGUUACCCGCCUCCGCCCAACCAAAGUGCUGGACGCGGCGCUGGAAACUACCCCAUGAUGAACAACAGCUAUCCCACUCAGGGCUAUCCCGCCAGCACCUCCACCAUGAUGCCGAACACCACGGCCGCUGCCGCGCAUCCUCAGCCAAUUGCCCCGGCCCCAUCUUCGGCCGGCGCCCGGGCUCCACCUGUUCUCCGCCCGAUGCCGGCUAGCGGAAUGCCGCAGGCUGGCAUUAGCUCCCCCUACGUUCAGAGCCCCAUGAUGGGCCAGAACGGCAUGCUGCCCGAGGGUGGCGACCAGCCGACUCACGUUGUCGGUUCCCAGGGCCGCAGAGGCAUCCUCCCUAGUGCUCCGGGCCGGCCUGCCGCUCCUGCUCCUGGCACCACCGCCAAGAACCCGAUCCCCCAGAAGGAUGCGGACGGCAAGUUUCCUUGCCCUCACUGCACCAAGACCUAUCUUCAUGCCAAGCAUCUGAAGCGUCAUUUGCUCAGACACACCGGCGAUCGCCCCUACAUGUGUGUCCUGUGCCGCGACACCUUCUCGCGUAGCGACAUCCUCAAGCGUCACUUCAUCAAGUGCUCGGUUAGACGUGGCAACCCUACGGGUGCGAGCCAUUUGUCUCACCCGCAGGCGCACGUCAAGAAGAAUGCUGCUGCUCAGCAGAAGGCCAUUGAAGGUGAGGUGAACCACAUGAAUGGCAUGCCCAGCAUUCCGGGUGACGGAAUGGUGCAGCAUCCAUUUGGCCUGAUCUCUGCCCCCGAGGCCAUGACCAACAUGGCCAACGAUCAGAAUCAAUUGUCGAGAUCGAGCAGCAUUAACCGAAUCGAAGACGCCAAUCGCGAUAGGAGAAGCAUGACUGGGUCUGUCAUGGGCGCGUCGACGCGUCCUGGCAGCUUUGACCAGACUUAUACCGGCGGCGACGUUUCGAACAACAUGACGGCCAACAUCAACCCCCAGCUGGCGAACUACAGCAUGCCCCAGAACGGGACCGGCAUGCCCUUCCUCGGCGGCCAGGGCGGCGACCAGUGGGCGCAGAUGUUCUCACAGGAGAAGGCGACCGCGGCCAAGCCCGAUCCUAACUCUGGCUCUGCGCGAGCGGUUGGCAUCAUUCCGGGCGACACAGCCACCGACUCGUCGACGUUCCCCUCAUGGGGAAUUCCGCCCUCGUAUCCUGACGCCUAUCACCACCUGUCCCGCAGAAUCAUCGAGUUUUUGUGCCCCACCUCUGAUCCCACUAACCCCACUGCCCAACUCGUCAACCAUCAUUUCCAGCCCGACAACAUUCGACAUUUCUUGGAACAGUAUACCAACUAUCACGUGCACUUUGCUACCGUCCACAUUUCCACGUUCCGCGCCCUGGACGCCUAUGUCGGCCUUUUGGCUGCCAUGUGCAUCGUAGGCGCGUGCUACUCGGACCGAACCCCCCCAGACAACAUUCGGGAGAUUAUGGAAGUGCUCAGGACCUCGUUUGAAAGCUCAUCUCUUUUGUUCAGGGCUUCACUGGCUCAGGAUGAGGGAUUUGCGCAAACCUAUGACUGGGCAUCUAACUCGGCCCUGGAAGAGUUCCAGGCAAUCGCACAUGUUCUAGUUUUGUUUACCUGGCACGGUACCGCAGCCCAACGCCAGAAAGCUCGGCGAAUUUGGCCUCUAAUUGCCAAUCUGGCUCGCAAGGCUGGAUUGCUACACCUUUCGCAAGGAGAAUCGUCUUUCAGUCCUCUCCACCAGUCAAGCUUUGCCUCGCAAAACUUCCCAGUUUCGCAGUUUGAUUGGCAACGCUGGGUGGGCCAGGAGGCUCGUGUCAGAACUAUGUAUCUUAUUUUCAUCUACGACGCGGCUUUGGGGCUCUAUUUCAACUGCGGUCCCGAGUUCACCCCAUUCGAUCUUCGGCUCCCUCUCCCUGCGGAUGACGCAGCGUGGGAGGCGAGCAACGCGGUUGAGUGUGCUGAAGCUCUGGGGCUCUGCGGGCCUGCAGCUGCCGAAAGACGAAAUCCCGAUGGCACUCGACGUACGACACAACCCGAAAUGCGCAUGGUUCUCAAGGCGUUGCUCGACAACAGCUAUCGAGUUUUGCCGGGGUCGACCAAUCUCUACGGAAAAUUCAUUCUUAUUCAUGCCCUACUCGACAUCAUGAGACAGGUUCAAUUGGAGGGCAGGAAUGCCAUCAGUCGAUCUAGCACCCCUUUGCCGACCAACGCCUGGUUUGUGGAUGCGCAAGGAAGCUCUGUUCCGCAUGGUAGUGGUCGCACGACUCCCACGGAUAUUGCUGCGAACCUUGUCGAUCCGCAGACUUUGAAGACGUUGAUAACGGCUUUGGACAAGUUCAAGGCAAACUGGGAUCAUGACAUGGCGGUCCAGUUCCCUCCAUCGGCCGCGGCAUAUCUUGGACGGUAUGGAUUCUGCAGGGACGGCAUCCAUUUUUACUGGCUGGCGACCCAUCUUUUGAGGACAACACGGCACGUCGAUCUCGUUAUGAACCCCGAUCAACGAUUUGCGCGCGUCAUCCACAUGCUAAAGUCGGUCAAGAAUUGGGUUCUUACAGACGGGGCUGCGCGGGGGGAGGAUAUGGGAUCAGUGGGGGACAUCGAUGAGGCCUACGGGGUGGUGGACACGACACUGGACAUGACUCAACUAUUCAGGCGUCUUCCCUAUACGACGAGGUAG